GUUCAUCGCAAUCCGAAACCAUCACUCGCGAUUUUUAAUUCGGAAAAAAAUUCCAAACUUUUUUAAAUUUUAAAUUUUUAUCAAAUUUUUUACAAAAAUGUUUACCGAUGAAGAAGCAAAAGUUUAUGAUCGACAAAUUCGUCUUUGGGGUGUAAAUGCACAGCAAAAAAUUCGUGCUACAGAUGUUUUUCUUGUUUGUUUGGAUGGAUUAGCUUCUGAAGUGGUCAAGAAUUUAGUUUUAGCCGGUAUUAAUUCGAUAACAAUACUUGAUGAUCAACCUGUUUCACAAUUCGAUAUGUUAAACAAUAUAUUUAGCCAAAAUCAGAUUGGUAUGAAUCGUGCAGAAGCAUGUCAAAAAGCUGUCAAUCAAUUGAAUCCAAUGGUCAAAGUUAACAUAAUGAAAGAUCAAACAUUAUCAACAUUAUUAUCCGAUGAAAUGGAAGCGAAAAAUUUUCUAAAGUCAUUCAAUGUUGUUAUACUUGUUAACAAUGGAUUAGAUAUGGCUAGUAAACUUAAUGAAUUUUGUCAUCAACUUUGUAUACCAUUCUUUUUUACUUGUUCAUGGGGUUAUUUAUCAAUGACUUUUAUCGAUAUUGGAAAACAAUAUAAUGGUAUUGAUUUUGUUCCGAUUGGUGAUGCAUUCGAAAAGAAAACAAUUUCAUUAAAGAAUAGUCGUCGACGACGACAAGGGGAAAACAUAUCAAAACGUGAAAUGAUAAAAAUUGAAAAUUUAAAAAGUUUAUUUCUUUCAAUAUUAACCAUAUUUCGUUAUCAUAAAAAAAUGGGUGAAUUUCCCAAUGUUUUGACUGAAUCUGAUCAACAACAGAUUGAAAAUCAAUUGAAAACAAUUGAACAGGAAAUCUUGGAUGAAUUGAAUCAACAAAACGAUGAUGAUAAUGAUGGUGAUGAUAAACAGCAGCAACAACAACAACAACGAUGGACAUCGACGACCACCACCACAAUGAAUUAUAAUUGGACAAAAAAAAUCUAUGGUCAAUUCAGUUUUAUAAGCAGUAUUGUUGGUGGAUUUUUAUCACAAGAAGUAAUUCAUCAUAUUGUUGAAUUGCGUAAAGAAUUGUUUAAAAAUCGUGGCUAUGAUAUAAUGGCAAGGCCGGUUAAAAAUUAUACACAUCCAGUGAAUGUUUCAAUUUAUUUGGAUAUAAAUUAUAUUAAAAAUCUGGACAUUCAAACAAACAUGCUUGAAACGGAAGGAUGGCUUCGUCUGAUUGAUGAAAAUCUUAAAUGGAAACGUAGUGAAUAUGGUGGUAUAGAAGAUAUUCGUGUUCAUGUUGAUGAAGUAUUUCGUCCUGAUAUUACUAUUAUUAAUUCGGCUGAUAGUGAAAAUAUUAUCCGUUCGACAACACAUUCCGAUCUGAUAUUAUGGUUUUCCGGUGAUAUAUUUUGGAUGCCAGCAUUAUCAAUGAAAACUAUUUGUGAAAUUGAUCUUACUGAAUGGCCAUUUGAUCAACAAACAUGUUUAUUUCAAAAUUCUGAAUGGGAUAUUAUUGAUUCAUCAUGUGAAUAUAUGGUACAUGAUACAAAUGAAGGUGGACAAUUUUUUCCCGAAGUUGUUUUCUCCAUAAAUAUUCAUCGUAAAACAUCAAUUUAUCGUUAUGUUGUUUAUUUUCCUAUAAUUAGUGUUUUAUUUUUAAAUUUAAUGGCAUUAUUUUUGGAUGUACGUAAUCCAUUACGUUUUCAUCUAAGUAUAUUAUGUUUUAUAACAUUAUUAUUGAUUGCAUUGUUUUUGGGUAAUAAACUUGGUUUCGGUUCAUUGGGUAUUCCUAAAGUCAUAAAAUACAUUGGCCAGAUGAUUAUCCUAACAACAUUUACAUUAUUAUGGUUUGCUUUUUCAUUGAAUUUUAUACGAUCAACAUUUGAAAUACCUGCGUUCGUAAUGCGUUCGAUUGAACCAUUACAACAUUAUCUGAUUAGUAAAGAUAUUGAAUCAGUACAAUUAACAAAUAAUGAUUUGGAAAAUGGACAAACGAAUCAAACAUCGACAAAAUCACGAUCAAAUAUAUCACAAUCCAAUUUGAUUAUCGUACAAAUUGUGGAUAAAAUUCUUUUUGUUUUAUUUUUCAUUCUAAUCAUUGCUUUACAUAAUUAACCCUUUGACCAUCACAAUCAUCAAAUUUUUUUUCGUGACCAUUUUACCUUGAUUAUUCAACAUUAUCCAAGCAGAAAAAAAAUCUAAUAAAAUCAAUCAAUUUUUCGAUAUUUGAAUGGGUGUUUUUUUCUGGGCAAAUCAAUGACCUAUUCAAAAAACC